GGCUGGUUAGGCAGAAGGGGCUUGUGUUUUAUAAAAAGGUGACAACUUGAAUACUCAUAAGACACGGGGAGCUGCGCUAAUCGAACGUACACAUCAAGCCUGCCGUGUGAGCAACACUACGCUUACAUCUACUCCAGAAAGCAGCUAGAUUAUAUACUGUGAGUGAUACAGGCUGUAAAAGUGCGUUGUUGAGAGAUUCUACGCUCAACCUCUGAAGGACAAAGCCAAGGUGUAAUUCUGAAGAUGCAGUUCGGUCUGGUUUUAGCUGCUCUCCUCUGUUUGACCACAUGGGUGACCUUUGCCAAUGCAACUCAGGGAUCCACGAGAAACUGUUGUCUCGGAUAUUCCAAAACCACAGUGCCAAUUAAACGUAUCGUGAAUUACACCAUUCAGCUUGACGAGGUCUGUCCCAUCAAAGCAGUUCUGUUACGAACAGUGCGUGGAAACACACUGUGCUGGGACCCUGACAAACGACUGACAAAAAGAGCCAUGGAGAAGGUGGACAAGGACAGAAAAGCAUUGCUCGAGAUGAGACAGAAUGAAGAAGGAUCCACAAAUGACAUGACUCCAGCAGCAUCCAUGACUCCAGCAGCAUCCAUGACUCCAGCAGCAUCCAUGACUCCAGCAGCAUCCAUGACUCCAGCAGCAUCCAUGACUCCAGCAGCAUCCAUGACAUCAAAGAAUGCAUCCAAAAGGAGAGGAAGGAAGGGGCAGAGAAAAUGUGCCUGAGGAAUCACAAGACAAAUCAAAGUGACCAUGAACAUUUACAAAAAUUUACAUAUCUGCAAUAUAUUAUAUUUUUUAUUAUAUUAUGACUAUAUCUUGCUGCGUGUUUAUGUAAUAGUUCGUGUAUGUGUUUAUGUAAAACAAAAAUGAAUGUAUCUGGAGCUUUUCUACUGUCAGCUGGCAAUAAAAUACUUUUCAGCCAA